AACUUUAGAAAGUGAACAGAAAAAAUAUACUAAAGAUUUUUUUAGUUUAAUUAAAGGUAAACCUACACUUGAUGAUAUAUUAAAAUUUAUUUAUUCGUUCUUAGAACAUUUUAGAACAUUAAAAAAGGAAUUACAUAAAAAACAUAAACAGGAACUGCUUGGAAAAAUUGAGAAACCUUGGGCGGGUGAAAAAUUUUAUCGAAGUUAA